AUGACUAUUGCUAGAGCAGUUUCAAAUACCUCCUCAAGUUCGGUUCCUGUUGUGUAUGGGGAAACAGAUGAAAAACUCAAAAACAACUUAAGUGCUGAUGAGUACAUCAACGCUGACUUGCUUGAAGAAGCUAAUCAUCAAAUUAAUUACAGAAACUGUUCUUGGCAGAAGACUGCUGGACUCUUAUUUUCUGAAUAUAUUUGUCUUGCCAUUAUGUCUUUCCCUUGGUCUUACUCUGUCUUAGGUCUUGUUCCAGGGUUAAUCUUGACAUUAUUUGUUGCCCUCACUGUGUUAUAUACAGGUAUUAUUAUUACAGAGUAUUGUGCAGCAUACCCACACUUAACUGAUGUCUGUGAUAUUGGUCAACACUUAUUUUGGGGCUCCAAGUGGGCUUGGUAUGCUACUGCUUUAUGUUUCUUGUUAAACAACACUUUAAUUCAAGCUUUGCACGUGUUGGUUGGUGCUAAAUACUUUAACACAAUCACUGAUAACACCACGAUCUGUUCAGUUGCUUUCGGUGUGGUAACCUUCGUUAUUUGCUACUUCCUUUCAUUACCAAGAACUUUCUCUUCUAUGAGUAUUGUUGGUUACUUUUCUGCUGUUACUAUGUUUGUAGCUGUUAUUUUGGCAAUGGUGUUCUGUGCCACCCAGGACCACCCUUACGGUUAUGAAGAAGGAACCCCAGUUGUAUACCACUUGUGGCCAGUAAAGGGAACCAGCUAUGUUAGUGCUAUGUCUGCAUUUUUAAAUAUCGUCUAUACCUUUGUUGGUCAAAUUACUUACCCUUCAUUUAUCAGUCAAAUGAAGAAUCCUAAGGAUUUCAAAAAGGCUUUAUACAUGGUUACCGGUUUAGAAGUUUUAACUUUUGCCUUGGCUGGUUCUAUUGUUUAUGUUUACGUCGGUAACGCAUAUAUUACUGCCCCUGCUUUCGGUUCAAUUGCAGGAGUAAACAAAAAGAUUGCCUUCUCAUUUGCCCUUCCAACCAUUUUCUUCUUGGGUGCAUUGUACGGUAAUGUCAGUUCCCAAUUUUUGUUCUUGAAGAUCUUUGAUAAGAAUUCUGAGCAUAGAAAUAGUCACACUGUUAAAGGUUGGAUCGUUUGGGGUGGUAUUAACCUUAUUAUUUGGGUUUUGGCCUUUGUAAUUGCUGAAGUUAUUCCAUUUUUCUCCGAUUUACUUUCUUUGAUGUCUUCAUUAUUUGAUUGUUGGUUUGGUUUCGUUUUCUGGGGUGUUGCAUACUUCAAGUUAAGAAAAUUGGACUACACUAGAUUAGGAGAGGAUAAUGUUUCAGUCUGGAGAAUUUUCCAGGAAUCCACUUUGAAGGGCAAACUGGAAUGGAUUAUCAAUGCCUUCUUGAUAGCGAUUGGUAUUUAUAUUUUAGGUCCAGGUUUGUACGCUUCUGUGCAAAGUAUUGUUUGGUCUUAUGAGUCUCACCUUUAUGGAAGUCCAUUUACUUGUGUGAGUAAUGGUAUAUAG